GGAGCCCGAUGUGGGAUUCGAUCCCGGGUCUCCAGGAUCGCGCCCUGGGCCAAAGGCAGGCGCCAAACUGCUGCGCCACCCAGGGAUCCCCCUAUAUAUUGUAUUUAAAAAAAUUUAUCUCAGUAUAGUUGUCCAUUGUAAUCCAAUGUAUUUUAUACAUUACAGACAUUAUUCUGGGAAGGGGUCUGUAGACUUCACCAGAUUGCCAAGGAAUCCUCAGGGCAGAAAAGCUUAACCCCUGGUUUAGAGGCUUAAUUAGAUUGGGUUAAGCAUUUUUGGUGAGAAAUGCUUCAUAGGUGAUCACAUUUAUAAUUUCAUGAAUCACUUAAUAUUAAGUUGUUUUACUGUUAUUAAUGAUGCCAAGUUUGAUGACUUAGUUAGGUAGUGACAGCCAGAUACUAAAGAUUCAUUCCUGGGGAUCCCUGAGUGGCUUAGCGGUUGAGCUCCUGCCUUCGGCCCAGGGGGUGAUCUUGGAGUCCCGGGAUCAAGUCCUGGGAUCGAGUCCCACAUCAGGUUCCCUGCAUGGAGCCUGCUUCUCUCUCUGCCUGUGUCUCUGCCUCUCUCUCUAUCUCUCUCUGUCUCUCAUGAAUAAAUAAAUAAAAUCUUAAAAAAAAAGAUUCAUUCCCCCUUUGCAUUGCUAAGUAAUCUCUGGGGGGUAACACUUUGGCACUAGGUGAGUUUUCUGUUUCUGAACAACUUUUCACCUAAUAACUUUAGCAUAUGUUGAUGAUCUUUGCCUCAAUUAGUUUUUACAUUGGGAUUACAAAAUCAUGAUUUUCUCAUUCAGUUAUUCUUUCUACAUUUAUUACUGGCUUUCUUCUGCAAAGAAGAACUUUCCUUUCUUUAAUCCCACUCCAUCCCCUUUUCCUCAUUUCUUUGUUUUCCCCUAAGUAUUACUCUGUAUUCAUUAUUUUUUAUUUAUCCAGUAGAUUAUGCUCAGGUAGCUUUCUUUUCUUUUCUUUUCUUUUUUUUUUUUUUGCUCAGAUUUUCCCCCAUGUGGCCAGUGGGAGCCUCUUGGAGCCUCUUUAACUUGGUCCUUUGUUCUUUUGACAAUUCUUCUGGUCUGUCUUUGAGCAUUUACUUGCUUUCUGACACAAGAGUUCCCAAGGAUCAACAUGUUCUUUCUUUGCUCCAGGUCUGGACUCAGGUAUUUCUUCAAUGAACCAUGGUUUCUUUGUGGGGAUAAGUAUACUUUUCACUUGUUCCUUGAACGUAGGGUAUUCUACGUUCAGGGAACAGCCUAAAACAAACAUUUUUCCGUAUAAAUUAAUGGUAACCGUUUCUUCACUUUACACCAUUUUAGUUUUACAAAAGAUUUCAUAAGUAUUCUACUUAUCAUCUCAUACCCAUGCUCUUAUCUAUUCACUAAAGGAUUAUGAGAAACUGUCUAACAUUUCUCUUCUGAUCUGUUCUACACACCACCCAUUUCAUUCAUCUUUAAAGUAUUCAUUAUAUACUGUUUGUGCGCCAGGAACUGCUUUAGGCACAUAGAAUACAUAGGAAAAUGGAAACAUCAAGAAGUUCAUAGUCUAAUAGAGAAGACCUAUAUAAAGACCAAAAUUUCAGUAUGAUUAUUGCAAAAAAUAGAAAUACAUAAACGGUGACUAAAUGUGAGAAACCAAAGGAUUCAAGAAAACAGUUGAGUAUGGUAUUGUUAAAAUUAUGAAAAGAUGAUCAGAUGAAGAAUUGUAGAGUGAUUUAUAGAUUCUUAUUAUGGGACGACUGAUUACAUGCCAAAUUUGUUUCUAGUUGUUACAAGCGAAGGUAUUGGAAAUCAUCGGUUACCUGCAUUUGGUUCUUAGAGCUUUCCUUUUCCCUGUAUUCUAUGUUUUUUGUUUUUAUUUUUGCUAUUUUUUUUUCCUGGAUAGACUAUUCUUAGAGAAACUUUCUUACUAAGAUGCCUUAUUAUUUUUGUUCUUUAGCCUUUCAAGGAAAGAUUUUUUUUUUUUCUGAAAUUAGUUUAGAGGCCAUGGGGAUUUGCUGUAUUUGUUAUGCAUCCAUGCCUUAUGAAUAAACCCAUAAUGUUUUUUUAACAAUGAUUGCACAUACCAAGUAUCUACCAUAUUUAUGUGGUCAUUAAUACAAAUUUUAGUUCUUACUGUGGGGAAAUCUUAACUCAGGAUAGUUGAAGGAAAUGGAGAGUCAAAUGGUUUAAAAUUGGGACUCACCUAUGUAGACAGUCCCCUAAUUUUACAUAAUCUCUUUAUAGCUAGAGAUUUUCCCUCUUUUCCUAAGAAUUAGGAGAGGUGUAGGAAAAAAACAGAAAAUCUGCAUGUUUCCCAAUUCAAAAAUUUUUUUUUUAUUUAUGAUAGUAACACACACAGAGAGAGAGAGAGAGAGAGAGAGAGAGAGAAGCAGAGAGAGAAAUAGGCUCCAUGCACUGGGAGCCCAACGUGGGAUUCGAUCCCGGGUCUCCAGGAUCACGCCCUGGGCCAAAGGCAGGCGCCAAACCGCUGCGCCACCCAGGGAUCCCCAAUUCAAAAUUUUUAAUGAAUAAAUAAGGUGUCCCUCCCCUGCUCCCGCCCUCGCCCAGAUACUGAAGUAAUUUAUAGGAGUCUAGAAAUAGAAAUGUUUUUGUACAAGUCCCCAUCUCCUCAAGUAUUUCUGGCUGAGAUGGCACUUAGGAUUUUUCCUUGCUGUUAAAAUGACAUGAUGGUAAAUAGAAUAAAUUGAGAUUGUAGUGUGCUAUUGUUGGAAUCAAUAUUUAAUUUAUCUGACAUCAAGCAAUGGGCAUUCAGCAUAAAUACAUUUUCCAGAUAUUUGUAGCUACCCUCUUUAAUAUGUCAAAAUGUUUUUAGUUUAGCCAUUUUGUUUGAUGAAAUUAAUUAAAAGGUUAGAUUUAAUGUUAAAUUUAGAAUUGUCCUACUGAACAUUUAAUAUACAGGAUUAUGUAUUAUACAAUAUUUCCUAUUCUUUAUUUUUUCUCUUUCAAAUAUAUGAUGCUUUUAUACAAAAACAGUCAUAUACUUAAUGUGAAUGGGUGUAACUUCUACAGGUCAGUGAUGCCUUGCAAGCCAAAGCUCUCUGACUAAUUUGUCUAACCAUACUCUGUGUGUGUGUGUGUGUGUGUGUGUGUGUGUGUGUGUAAAUAAAAUAUGAUUUGUCAGUACUUACCAAUGCAAACAUUUUACUCUAACCAUGUCAGUUUCCACAUCAUUUUAGGAUUAUUCCAUGUCCCUUUUUUUUAUGGUAGCGUUUGCUUUCUGGUCAGGGACCUUGAGGGAAGUUAUUUAUCUUUGUGCAUUUUCUUAACAGCUUGUUUCUUAUGGUCUCAGUGAGUGGUGUAAUUGGAUGUGUUUCCUUUGCAUUAGGAGGACUGUGACAGAUAUUCAAAGAAGUCUGGGAAAUUUGAGUGGUGAUUUUAUGCAAUGGCUUCAAGCCACAGUUCUUCACCAGUGCCUCAAGGAAGCAGCAGUGAUGUUUUCUUUAAAAAAGAGGUAGAUCCAACAAAACACAUUCGACCUGUGCAGUCACUGCCAGACGUAUGUCCUAAGGAACCCACAGUUACAGAUCAACAUAGAUGGACUGUAUAUCAUUCCAAAGUAAACCUCCCAGCAGCAUUAAAUGAUCCUAGAUUAGCAAAAAGAGAAUCUGACUUCUUCACAAAAACAUGGGGAUUGGACUUUGUGGACACUGAAGUCAUACCUUCAUUCUACCUCCCACAGAUCAGCAAGGAACAUUUUACAGUGUAUCAACAGGAAAUCUCUCAGAGAGAGAAGAUUCAUGAGAGAUGCAAGAAUAUUUGUCCUCCUAAAGAUACCUUUGACAGGACUCUCUUACAUACUCAUGAUAAAUCCAGGACAGAUCUGGAGCAAGUACCUAAGAUUUUUAUGAAACCAGAUUUUGCCUUGGACGAUUCCUUAACUUUUAAUUCAGUUUUACCAUGGUCUCAUUUUAAUACUGCUGGUGGAAAAGGAAAUCGUGAUGCAGCUUCCUCAAAGUUGCUACAAGAAAAGCUGAGCCAUUAUCUGGAUAUUGUGGAAGUAAACAUUGCUCACCAGAUCUCUCUACGUUCCGAAGCAUUUUUUCAUGCAAUGACCUCUCAACACGAAUUGCAGGACUACCUCAAGAAAACUUCCCAGGCUGUAAAGAUGCUUCGAGAUAAGAUUGCACAGAUUGAUAAAGUAAUGUGUGAAGGAUCACUACACAUUUUAAGACUGGCACUUACCAGAAACAAUUGUGUGAAAGUGUACAAUAAACUCAAGUUAAUGGCCACUGUACACCAGACUCAGCCUACAGUACAGGUGUUGUUAUCCACUUCUGAAUUUGUUGGAGCAUUGGACUUAAUAGCAACAACACAAGAGGUUCUACAGCAGGAACUUCAGGGCAUUCACAGCUUCCGGCAUUUGGGAUCACAACUUUGUGAAUUAGAAAAACUGAUAGAUAAAAUGAUGAUUGCAGAAUUUUCUACUUAUUCUCACAGUGAUUUAAACAGACCACUGGAAGAUGAUUGUCAAAUUUUAGAAGAGGAAAGGCUUGUAUCUCUUGUAUUUGGACUUUUAAAACAAAGAAAACUUAAUUUUUUAGAAAUCUAUAGUGAAGAAAUGAUUAUUACAGCAAAGAAUAUCAUUAAACAGUGUGUGAUUAAUAAAGUAUCACAAAUAGAAGAAAUUGACACAGAUAUUGUUAUGAAGCUUGCAGAUCAGAUGAGAAUGUUGAAUUUUCCUCAGUGGUUUGAUUUACUAAAGGAUAUUUUCUCUAAGUUUACAAUUUUCCUACAAAGAGUUAAGGCAACGUUAAAUAUCAUUCACAGUGUUGUUCUCUCAGUUCUCGACAAAAACCGAAGGACCAGAGAAUUGGAGGAGAUUUCACAACAGAAGAAUGUUACAAAAGACAAUUCACUGGACACAGAGGUGGCUUAUUUAACCCAUGAAGGCAUGUUUAUAAGUGAUGCAUUCAAUGAGAGUGAAUUAACACCUAUAGCAAUUGAUACUACCUCUCAAAGAAAUGCAUCUCCAAAUAGUGAGCCCUGCAGCAGUGAUUCGGUAUCCGAACCAGAAUGUACUACUGAUUCUUCAUCCAGCAAAGAGCAGACAUCAUCAUCUGCUACUCCAGGAGGUGUGGAUAUUAUGGUCAAUGAAGACAUGAAAUUAACUGAUUUAGAGCUAGAAAAACUGGCAAAUAAUAUCCAGGAAUUAUUGUAUAGUGCCUCAGAUAUAUGCCAUGAUCGAGCUGUUAAAUUUCUCAUGUCAAGAGCAAAGGAUGGUUUUCUUGAGAAGCUAAAUUCCACGGAAUUCAUAACACUUUCUAGAUUAAUGGAAACAUUCAUUUUAGAUACUGAACAGAUCUGUGGAAGAAAAAGUAUGUCAUUACUUGGAGCACUUCAGAGCCAAGCUAAUAAAUUUGUAAACAGAUUUCAUGAAGAGAGAAAAACUAAGCUCAGCCUCCUCCUAGACAAUGAGCGCUGGAAGCAAGCUGAUGUUCCUGCAGAAUUUCAGGAUCUUGUUGAUUCUAUAUCAGGUGGAAAGAUUGCUUUACCUGAAAAAAAGUCAGGGGCUACAGAAGAAAGGAAACCAGCUGAAGUUCUCAUUGUUGAGGGACAACAGUAUGCUGUCGUUGGAACUGUAUUGCUCUUGAUAAGAAUUAUCCUUGAAUAUUGCCAGUGUGUGGACAAUAUCCCAUCUGUUACUACUGACAUGCUCACACGUCUGUCAGAUUUAUUGAAGUACUUCAAUUCAAGAAGUUGCCAGUUAGUUCUUGGAGCUGGUGCACUGCAAGUUGUUGGACUAAAAACAAUAACGACAAAAAAUUUGGCUCUUUCUUCACGUUGUUUGCAGUUAAUUGUGCACUACAUUCCUGUGAUCCGGGCUCAUUUUGAAGCUCGGCUGCAGCCUAAGCAAUAUAGCAUGCUUAGGCAUUUUGAUCAUAUCACUAAGGACUACCAUGACCACAUAGCUGAAAUAUCAGCUAAGCUUGUAGCGAUAAUGGAUAGCUUAUUUGACAAGCUAUUAUCUAAGUAUGAGGUGAAAGCUCCCGUUCCUUCUGCCUGUUUCAGGAAUAUUUGUAAGCAAAUGGCAAAAAUGCAUGAAGCUAUAUUUGAUCUUCUUCCAGAAGAACAAACACAAAUGUUAUUUUUAAGAAUUAAUGCAAGUUAUAAACUCCACUUGAAAAAGCAGUUAUCUCAUUUAAAUGUGAUAAAUGAUGGAGGACCUCAAAAUGGGUUGGUCACAGCAGAUGUAGCUUUUUACACUGGAAAUCUUCAAGCCUUAAAAGGUCUUAAAGAUUUGGACCUAAAUAUGUCCGAGAUCUGGGAACAGAAGAGGUGAUGACAUACUGGAAAACGGGGUAGCUCAUCUGACCAUGGGAUGUGUAUGUUUAUGAAGAAAAUAUGGAUGCCUGUGAUUCAAGAACUGGACCUCGAACCCAAAGUGAACUGGGACAGGGGAAGGGGAAAAGGAAAUUAUCAGUGUUGGGAAACUGGGAUUCAAUGGGGUCUACAAGGAAUGCCAUUUUUAUGCUUCCUUCAGUGAGGAGUAACUGAUCAGGUGUCUAUAACAUUUUUCAUUCUCUCUGGAAACAGACUCAGGUUUCUUUGGACCAAAUCCAAAAGAACACAUAGCUGUAACACAGCUGUAGUUGACUAGAAUGCUCUGUAUACUUUAUAUUAAAAAAUGCUUUGCAUUUCUUCCAGUGCAAUGAAAUUCAUACGGUGUCCCACCUUAUUUAAUGAUGGUACAAUUUAAAAUAUUAAAAUCUUAGUCAACCUCUGUAGAAAGUUUUCUCUAUGAAAGUAAAGCUGUUUGAAAAAUUAUUUUUUUACAGAUCUUUCUAUAAAAAAUAAACAUCUUUUGAUUGCUUGGAUUUAGGAAUUCAGUUUUUGUUUUAGUGACCAAUGUCAGGUUUCAGGCCUUGUGUGUCGCAUAUUUAAUCUUUCUACCACCACUUUAUGUCAGCUGGGUAAAGCCUUCCAGAAUAGUCUAAAUACUUGAAAGUCUGAUCACAGUAAUAAUUAAAGAAUAAGAUAUUGGCAUUUAUUUAUUCAACUACUAACUUAAAUACUUUUCAGAAGUGGUAUAUGAAAGGCUGCAGUUUAAUAGCUGUAUUUUUAUAAACGUAUCUAUGAAGGGUUGGUUUGUGGGGGUGGUUUUUUUUGCCUUUUUAUUUCUAGCAGAUGGUAAGAAUACAUUUUCAUAUACUCUGCCUAUUUAUGAGUUCUCAUUUUAACAUUUAGAUAACAUGCAAAGUAUGGCCCCCUCGGGUUCUUGUUUUUAAGUUACUUUCGACGUGUAUAUGAACAAAGACCAGGGAGAAAUAGAACUUUUAAAAUAAAAUAUAGGCUGCUGUGUCGGGGCCAGAAAUAUAGGGUGAUGAGUAAGUUAUUUAAAGAUUUUAUAAUACCUACCUUCAAAAUUAGAAUCAGCAGCACUCUACAAAUGAAAGUGCCUGUGCCUCACCUCAUCCCGGGAAUCUUGCCUAACCCUGUCAGAGUGCCUAAACUUGUGGGGAUUAUGUACAAUGAGAUAACAGUCUUAUUUUGUGCUCCUUCAUUUCCUAAAAGUAAAGCCUGUUUUAUCAUUACUAAGGUAUGUCACUGGUUCUUCAACUGUCUAAAAUAAAGCUGUAAAAAAUUACCAGA